AUGGAGGAGCAAAUGCCUACUCAAGCGCAAGGACCCGCCACGCGCGUGACGCUGGCGUGUGUUCAGUGUCGCGAGCGCCACAUUAGGUGCGACGGCGACAAACCGACCUGCGCGCGCUGCCAAUCCACCGGUGUCCAGUGCACCUACUUGAAGUCUCGUAGGGGGGGACGUCCGCGGCGGCCGACGCUGCACGAUCAGGCUCAGGCUCACGUUCAGUCGCAGCCGACCUCCGCUCCGUUUGGACCCGCCACGGCUCCGGUCACGGUCGCCGUCCCAGCCGAUGAGGAGCUCACGACGCCGAACCUUCCCAUGGUUCCGGCAGCAACUUCAUGGCGGCAUGACAGCUCCAGCUCGAGUGCCACGCGCGGUAGCUCCAGCUUUGACGGCGACGACAGCACAACGGCUUCGUCGUCUCAACGCGUCUUUACCACGGAGCCGCUCUUGGAGCUCUACUACAACUACUUUCAUGGAUCACACCCAUGCGUUCUUCCCGCGCAUUCCUUCGUGCUCAGGAUGCGAGAGCAGCCACCCGGGAUGAAGCUCCUUCUCAGUGUCAUGCGGUUCAUCGGCUCACUCUACUCGCCCAAGGUGGAUUCGGCGCCGCUCGAGGACCAGAUAUCCGUGGCCAUGGCGGAAACGCAGCCUUGGACGAGCGGCUACGAGAUCCAAGCCUUGGUGCUGUACGCAAACGCCGUCUUUUGGUACGACAAUAUCCCCAAGUCUGAGGAGCUGCUCAAGAUGGCGGCGUACAAGGCGGUGGCCAUCGGGAUGAACCUGAAGGGAUAUGCGACAGACCACUCCGGCGGAGACCCCGUUCUUGCGGAGAGCUGGCGCCGAACGUGGUGGCAGCUAUACUGUACUGAUCUGCACGUGGCGGGUACGAAUCACAACGAGACUUUGUAUACAAGUCAGAGAGACGUUGUUUGCACCGUUGAUCUUCCUUGUGAGGAGUCCGAGUACGCGUCCGGGUGCAUACCCCCUGUUCCAAAGACCAUGGAUGACUAUGACAACCGAGAGUUCGACAUAAGUGAAGAUUCUGCGGACUUCUCGUCUUACGGCUACUUGGUGGGCCUUUUGCGAAGCUUCGAUCACGCCGUAUACAGACUACCUCGGUCCUCGGAGGCAAAUGUCAAGGAAGUGUGCAGCAACACCGACACCUGCGUUGCGGCAUGGGUGUCAUUGCUUUCGCAAGGCAAGAGAAAGCUGUUUCGUGAGGAUGGGACAUUUGAUGAGCUGCUGUUCAAAGGCCACACUCUUCUCCACGUAUACACCAUUGAUGUGCAUAGACAACUAUCGACGUUGACGUAUAACCCGAUUGAAAGCACAUCCUCCUGUUCUCCGCGCCCCCCUCCGGAACGGCUGGAAGACAUCUACUACAGAGAAGCACCUUUACACACUGCCAAGAUCCUGUCGUCCAUCGAGCAAAUGACCAAGUUGCUUGCCCUCCCCACCAAAAUGUCGCUCCACACGCCCUUCACCAUCUGCAUGAUCGCCACCAUCACCAUUGCGCACCUCUCCGCCUGCAAGUACCGGCUGAGAGGCCCAGAACUUCAACUCGGGCGCGAGCGUAUCCGCGUUGCCGUGGGCGCCCUCGAAACAUUUGCAGAAACAUGGCCGAGAGGCAGGAAAGUCUUGCGCGAGAUCAAGAUCAUCGCCAAAGAGUUACUCAGUAUCGGACCCGACCACCAGGCCAACGUUUCGCAGCCCGAGGCAUGCUCAACGGAGAUGAUCUACACGCAUGCUUUCGGCGACAGCGCCAUGACUGGUAUCGAGUAUCUCAUUUCCGGUGGCGACGCGACCUCCUUUGACAACACGGCGAUGUCGGCCCCGCGCCUCGGCUCGGUUGUGAGCGACACGGGCGUCGGCAACUAUUAUUCUAUGGACUUUUUGAACUGUUUAUAG